AUGAAACCGAGUGGUGAGGUGUCAUCCCCCCCUAAACCAGGAACGUCAGCUUCCCCUCCCAAUGUUAGGCGAAGCAUAAGCGACUGGGAAGGUGCAUCCACCAACCCCGCUCCAACAAACUCAAGCGCAACGACGGUCCAGGUGGACAAUACUACCUCUAAACCACGACCGGUACUGUCGAAAGACAACAAACCCACGGCCGCGCGUAGACCAUCUAUCGAUGUCCAAACUCCUCAUGGGAGUAAAUACGAAAAUCGAACGUCGGAAGCAAGGGCCUGCCUGAACAAAGGUAAAUUACAUCUGAGCGCCUCUCGAAAUUUAAAAACCGAGAUUAAAAAUGGAUUGGUUGAGGCACUUGAUCGACUCUACCAGAUUGUUAGGGAAGCUGAAAAGGAGUUAAAAAUAGAAAAGUCUAAAGGUGUUGGUACGUUGAGGUUAAAGCGAGUCAGUGAACACGAGGCGUCCGGCGACGGUGCAGACUUCAGUGGAGCCUUCGAAGACGGACCGAGGAAUCCCUCAAGCAUACAAUCGCCGCAGCUGGAGACACUUUCAACGGCCAUCAGUCCGAUACCAACCUGGACAAUAACACCUCAAGCAUACUCCAGGACUCACAGCAUACCAACCGGAGAUCCCACAACGGGCUCUUUAUUCGCGUCCAUCGUACUCUUCACUGCAAUUCAACCAUCGAAGAACACCAGCAGAAAUAAAGUAAUCAUGUCGGAUGUGGAGACUGCUUCUUCAAUCAAGUCCUCCCAAAACCUUUCUGUUGCUCCACCUAGACCUCCACGAUCGCUGCGGGAAAAAGUACUUACAAAAUCCAGUUUAUCAAAAGCAACACCUAGCGAGAAGUUGUCGCAGCCAUCAUCUCAUCCCGCAACAGGAAAACGUCCAGCGGACUCUGCUCCGACAGACGCAUCUACAACAAGAAAAAAUGCCUCUUCGCAUACCCCCACUCUGGGAACUAAAAUGUCGCAAACUUCAGUUAAAAGCGACAGCUCGAUCCGAUCCUCCGUUUGUGACCCGGUAGAUGCGGCUAUCGACAAAGUAGCUAACUGGAAGCAGGAAGAAAUUCCUCCACUUCCAGUUUUAUCCGACGAAGAACUUUCGAUCACAUCUGCGCCGGAAUCACCACUAUCGGAGGCACCGGAAAAAGGAAGACCCAGCCUGCUUUUUAACUCCAACAGGCGACUGGGGGUGGAAAUGGAUAUGGCAACAAAAGAAGCGAACGAAAUGCUUCUGAGAGGGAAGGAAGCGCUAGAAAUGGCAGGGAAUAUGAAGAGGGAGUGUAAGUUAACAGCUUUAGAGAGUCUGCAGUCCCUCUACGAGAUGGUCCUGGCGCUGUCAGAUUCCAGAUCUAGACAUAAGCAUAAUCUAGAAAGGGAACGCUCACGCAACGCUCAAGAACUAAUGCGAGUGGAGCGCGCCCUUAACAAGAUCAUCACCCAGCUUAUGAAGGAAAUGGCUUCCGAACUAGGCCAUGCCAGGACAGAUAUAAAAAAUACCCUCCAGGAAUCCAAGGCGAUACGGGGUUGGUUGAACUUCGAAACCCAAGAGCCCUUCCGCAAAACGAGCGACCUACUCAAAGCUGUGACGGACUUAGACAAGCGCAUAGGUGUGAUUCAGUCGAACUUGAGUCAGCAGAAGCAAGAAGGUGCAGACAACAUUUUAUCUCACCUAAGAGUGGACCUUACUGGAGUAAAAUCUAGUGUGGAAACACUCAAACUUCAAUUGGACGAAAUGCGCAGAGUCAUCGAAAAGUCCGAAAACAACACCAAGAAGGUUCUGGAGACCGGCCAAAAAACCCUGCUACGCCUGGAGUCACCACCAUCCCACCCCUCAGAGGAAAUAAGUAAAACGUUGGAACAUGAGCUGAAUGGAAUGAAGAGUUCGCUGAAGGAGAUAGAUACAAGUAUCAGAUCUGGACUUUCAAUCUUACCUUCAGCGAACUCCAGUAAAAUAUUCCAAACCAGCAUAAGGGAACAUCUUCAACCAAUAGAAGAACACUUAGGUGCAAUGUCAUCCGAGCUGAGGACGAUGAGAGAGCAGAAGCAACGGGCCCCAUCACCUACAGCCCCAAGUCUAGCAACAGAGCUUGCACAAACUGGCGAAGCAGCAACAAAGCCAAAAAAGACAUACGCCAGAGUGGCUGCAAGCCCUCCCCUUCCUAAACCCAAUCACACUCUCAUUAUCACAUCAACUGAUUCGAAAAACACAGCCGAAAAUAUCAUCGAGAGAAUCAGGGAGGCUCUAGACACAAAAAAGACUGGAGCCAAAGUAGAUAGGGCGCUAAAAGAUUAG